AUGGCUGCAGUAAUUCCCAAAAAAGAUCACUUUGUGGCAACAAGUAAGGCUUUUCGAAGUAUCUCUGAAGUAGAGAAAACGAUGUCUUCCUUUGUCGGAGAAACGACAGCUGAAGUCAUAGCAAAUAUGUUCAAAGAUGGCGGAAAAAUUAGGCCUUCCUUGCUUCGAGUUCUUGGUGUUGGAACCGGUAAUGGGCGACAUGAUAUCAGAGUUCUAACUAUCGCUUCAUCGGCGCUAGGGUCCUCUAAGAUACACGCUACCAUUGUAGAACCAAAUGUUGAAUUGAUGGCCGGUUAUAGAUCGCUUGUUUCGCCGCUACCCCAGGCACUCGAGGGGAAGGUCACAUUCGACUGGCACGAGAAAACAUUGGCAAAAUUCAUGGAGUCUUGUCAUAGAAUCGAGCAGUUUGAUCUUAUUCAUUUCGUAGCAUCACUGUACUACAUGGAUGCUGAACAAGCUCUGAGAAACUGUUAUGAGAGACUUGCCUCGGGUGGAGCCAUUUUCUGUACAGUUGGCCCAGAAGAGGCUUUUUUCCCAAAGCUGUCGCGCAAAUUAAAAGGUAAAAUAAACCUGGGGUCGAUUCACAAGUUUUAUACGGAAGUGGACCUCAUAAGCAUUUCCGAGAGGAACAACUGGAAGUAUAAACAAUUGCACAAAACUAGCUAUGAUGCAGAUAUUACCAGCUGUUUUGAUCAUUCAUCCACAAAAGGAGGCCUUAUACUCGACUUUUUAACCCAUUGCCAAGAUUUCCGAGGCACAGCUGACGAGACGUUUUAUAAAGACGUGAUGACGUUUUUGGAAGAACAAUCCAUUACUGACGAUAGUGGAAAGAAGCUUAUAAAACCUGAAAUUACUGCAUUAGUAAUUUACAAAUAA